AUGGAGAGACUAGGACUGACAGAAUUAGGGAGGAGCUGGUCCCACAAACCGGCAUCCCAACACCCAAACCAAUGUCAAAUAGAGAGGCACAAGUAUUGUCUAGGAGUAUAUGGGAGCAGUAAGGGAGCAGAAGGAGGAUUCUUAGGCAGAGCAGCUCGAGGAUUGACUAAACGCGUGGGUAGCAUCAAUUGGCAGCAAUUUAGCGGAGAAGGUAGCCCACUGAAGAAGUAUGUGUUAGGUCAGGCAAGUGACGAAUAUACCUGGGCAGGACUAUUAGGCUGUGUAAUAUCUGAAGCCCUAAGCCUAGAAACAAUCAGUACCACAGACGGAGGUAAUGAACUCCUCCUGUGGAAAAAGGAAAACUGGAGGGCAAUACUAAGAGACGGGGUGACAAAGACUUGGUCAAAAUCAAGCGUCGGUCAGAACAUAAUAAUGGCGGCAGCAUGCAUAAUAGCCGCCUUGAUGAACAACCAACAGGCCUCUGCUACCGACUUACGAGACAUUAAGUCAGUAUGCCAUGGGGUAUGGGAAACAGUGGCAAUAGAGCUACAGGCAGCUCAAAGCCAGAAGCAGAACAAGGAUCUAAAGGCCUUAGAGGAGUUCUUAUUAGAGAUGAGGGAACUGGACGGAGAUGAGAGUUCCAAGUAUUAUAGUCUUGGCUUCCUCUUAAGUAUCUUUUUUGGAUUAACAAAAUGUUGUAAGUAUAACAGGAAUUAUGGAUUAAAGGGAUUGAUAAGGACGUCUGGUUGGGGUUUAAGACAAAUCGGGGCAUGUCAGCUCCACGGAACUCAGUUUUCAUGCAAAGGAUCAACAAUGGGGAGCAGCGAACCUAGGCUGAACCUCUGGACGACAGGGGGCCAGAAGCUAGUAAAGGAUCAGCUAAGAGAAUCCCCAAAGACUCUCAAAAUAACGGACGCCGAGACAGGCAAGGAAUUACCCGAGUAUGAACCCACCAGGGCACCCCUCAAGGGCCAGAACCCAGAAAUAGACAGAAUAGUGACAAUGAUGCAAAGUAAAGACCCCAACCAAGGAAUCAUCGCGACGAAAGGAUCCGCGGGAAGUUUGACCUCAGCGAAUUUACAAGGGCCUUUCAAAAAAGAAGAAGCAAUUAGGAACUCACCGGAGGCUCUUCCGAGACCAAGGCCUAGGGAAGAUGAGAAAGUUUCGGGUCUGAGUUCCUCACCAGCGACUCAAGAAGAGGCUCAAAUUCCUAGAGAUGGCAAUAGAUCAAAUGACCGAAACUCCACGUCAGAGUCGUCUAGCAGUGAAGAAUCAUUCUCCGAGGAGAUAGGGCAGGAUCUUCUUGUAGCCACAGCCCCAGCUCCCAAGCUCCGGGUGGACAACUCCGUCGGAGCUCCCAAAGACACAGGGGGCUCGGCCGAACCUGAGCGGAACGUUUCUGGGUCUAUGAAUAUCGGAGAAGUUGUAGGAGGAGUCCUAGCACUGGUGCUAGGAAUGGGAAGUAUUUAUGGUUUAUAUCGAAUUAUUCGUAGAAGGAGGAAACCAGAAGGAGGGCGCCUGAUACACAGAAGUCGAAUCGCCAAUCCCAUAAGGUAUACGCCCACUGAAGGCUCGAGCUAA